AUGAACCAAACAACAGCUGCUACUGGCCUGGCUGAAAUGACUCAGGUAACCAAACAAGGCCCAACCCGCCCGCGUGUACCCAGCGCCGUAAUUCCCGGCGCCCCCUCCUCGCGUGAUUUCAGCCUCGCGACGCCGCCCGUCGCGCCUCACCAAUCCGCCCGUCGCCCCCUCCCCCGUGUCCCCCGUCCCGCCGCACCAUCGGUCGUCGCGCCUCAUCAACCGUCGGUCGUCGCGCCUCCCCCGCCGUCGCGCCUCGCCCAUCGCCCGCGCUGCCUACGCCUCGCCGUGAGCUCGCCGUCUCGACGUCGCCGCGGCCCCCGCCGCCUACGCCUCGCCGUGAGCUCGCCGUCUCGACGUCGCCGCGGCCCCCGCCGCCGAGAUCACCCUCGCCGCCUCGCCGUCGAGAUCGCCCGCGCCGCCUCGCCGUCGAGAUCGCCCGCGCCGCCUCGCUGUCCGUCUCGGCCCUCCCCGUCGCAGCACUGUGUGCCCGCGCUGCCGCCGAGCGCCGCCUCCCAAACACGGCGCAGGCAGCGUCGCCCGCCCCUGUCCAAGCCGCCGCCUUGGCCACUGGUGCGCCACCGCGCCGGAACGGAACGCCGGGGGCCUGCAGCCGGCUCCGGGCUCCCAGCACCGCCGCCGCGAGCCACCUCCACGCCGCAGACAAAGGGUCGCCGUGCUGCUCUCCCGGAGAGCGGCCGCACAACUUCCCUGGCCACCGUCGCCGCCCAUCAACGUCAGCCUGAUUGCGCUUCUCCUCUCCCGAGCGUCAAAAUUAUAUGUACGCAUAAAGGUCCUGGUUCCCCAUCCCUACUUCCCUACUUCGCUUCCCUACUGCAGGUAACAGAGUUUUUCCAGAAUAAGUUAGUAGAGACCAUCCAGUUCAUGGAAGUUCUUAAUUUAAAAAACAGCGUUGAGAAAGACAUCUUUUUCCGGGAACUCCCAAAUAUAGCAGAACAGCUUCCCCUUGAGAUUGUCCUAAAAAAGGUGCGCAAGCUGCAACCAAGAAGAGAAGGGGACGGCGCGGCGAUGAGUGACAAGGCUACCAGAGAGUGGCAGAUAGUGCUCGGACCUAUGCUUGGCGGAGAGCUGGGCUUGCUUGGAUCGCGACGCAAUCACGCAACCCAAUAGCACGACGCCCCGGCCCGGCACCGCGGAUGCCGCGCGAUUCGGCUUUGAUCCGCUCGGCGCUCUUCGAGUUCGAGGACGAAGCAGGAGAUGGUUUUGUGCCGACCGGCGAUGGGCGUGCAUGAGCUGCGUUGCCGCGGAGGCGUCGUGAACCAUGGCGUUGAGUGACCGACGACGAGCCCUGAAGCCGCGCCGUGGGAUCGGCUGCGUUGGACAUCGCCGGUCGUGCUGCCAAUUGCUCCUAGGAUACACUAGUGCCAAUGUCUUUCCACGGCCGGACCUCCUGCCAAUUGUAUCAACGUCCAUAUAGGGGACCUUAGUAUCGAGUUACGUGUACUGCACCGAGUCCAACCUAGCUUCCCAAUAGUAAGACGCAAAACGGUCACUGUUGCACAUCGCACUGGACUACCACCAUCAACUAUCACUUUGCGUAUAUCGAUAUUACUUCAUCUUUAUAUGAAAGUUUUUGUGGCCCCAUAUCUUCA